GCGAAAAGUGGUUAGAUCAGCUUAUUUAUUUUUCAGCCAACAGCCGCCACUUCUGGGUGGGGAGCCCAGCCAAGCGCAUGGCAGGCUCACGCCCGUCCGAUCCGGGCCUUUCUCCCUUGUUAAACCCGCGCAUCUGCCUCCGGCCUGUCCGGAAACCACUUUUCUUCUCCAACCCAGAUUUAUAAUUCCAUUUUUGCUUAGUCACACUUGUUUUCUCCAAGCCUUUGACCGCUACCUUCAAACAGCCUGGUACCACCCUCGUCUCCCUUUUCCGUUACCAUAGUAUCGAUAUCCAGAUGCCCGAGAGAAACGUAGUCAUUAUCGGCGGCGGUUUGGUGGGCUCGCUGACGGCCUGCUACUUUGCCAAGCGCGGAUGGCAGGUUGAUCUGUAUGAGAAACGCCCAGGUAAGCAAUUUUGUCUUCCAACCUGGUUGAGCAUCCGAUCCAUCAACCUGGCGAUAUCCGAGCGCGGGUUCUCAGCGCUGCGGCGGCUGGACCCAACGCUCGAGAAGCGCGUCAAGGCGUUGGUAAUCCCAAUGCACGGGCGCAUGAUCCACUCUCUGGAUGGCACCCAGACCAGCCAGGCCUACGAUGUAUUCGGCAAGGCCAUCAACUCAGUGGGUCGUAGCACGCUGAUCCGCGUGCUGCUGGACGAGGCAUCCCAGUACAAGAACGUGCGGAUGCACUUCAACCACGAGUUCCAGCAGGCGGACUUCGAUGCGGGUCGCGCGGAUAGCGACCUGAUUGUGGGAGCCGAUGGCGCCUACAGCCGCGUGCGGCAGCGGCUGAUGGCCAAGGUCAUGCUGAACUACUCGCAGACGUAUAUUGAGCACGGCUACUGCGAGUUCUCGAUGCCGCCGCGCAACGGGGACUUUGCGAUCUCACCGAGCCAUCUGCAUAUCUGGCCGCGGCAGUCGUUCAUGCUGAUUGCGCUGCCCAACCAGGACAAGUCGUUCACGGUCACGCUCUUUGACCAGCUCAAGACCGGGCAGGAUGCGGUGGAAUUCUUCCGCGCGAACUUCCCUGACGCCCUGGAUCUGAUGGGCGCCGAUAAGGUUGCCAGCGAAUAUAUGGUCAACCCAAAGGGCUCGCUGAUGUACGUCAAGUGCACGCCGUACACAUACAAGAACAGGGCUGUGGUCAUUGGCGAUGCUGCCCACGCCAUGGUGCCGUUCUACGGCCAGGGCAUGAACUGCGGAUUCGAAGAUAUCGAGGAGCUCGACAAGAUCAUGCUGAGUGUUGCCAGAGACGGCAUGUCCGACGACCAGAUCCUGCGUGCUCUCGACACGUACUCGAGCAAGCGCACCAAGGAUGCCUCGGCCAUCGUCGACCUGGCCCUGGACAACUACGUCGAGAUGCGCGCAAAGGUCAUCGACUAUGCGUAUCUGGCCAGAAAGCACCUUGAGGGCCUGCUGCACAGAGUCUUCCCCAAGCACAUCAUUCCGCUCUACACCAUGGUCAGCUUCACCUCCAUCCCCUAUGCAGCGGUCAUUGGGAGGUGGCAGCGCCAGUCCCUGUGGCUGCACAGGGCUGUGCGCACCGCCUUUGCUGCUGCCGCGUUCGCUGUGGGCGUCGCGUCGGCCCGCGUGCUGGGCUUGCGGGCUCCGUCCCUCGUCGAGGUUGCUCGGCUAUUCACCAAGCGCAGCUAA